CAGGCAGACUUUUCAAAACUGACCCGCGAUGUUGUUAUCUUUAGUUAGCUAACUUGGAAGUCGUUUAUCCGAGGACUUCAAUCCGUAAAGGUUGCUAGAUAGCUGGACUGCUAGAACUUGGAAAUCACCAAUAAUAAUUACUUUUUCAACAGGAUAAUGGACUCCAUGGAAGCUCGUUUCGGCCACAUGCGUCAGCGUGACACCAGUGUGGACAUGCUGCGGGUGAAGAUGUCUCGGAGACGGUCGCAGUCCCAGAAGGAGAACCGACACAAGGCCCUGAACAGCCGCAGGCAGCUUGACAAACUCCCCGAACUGGAAUGCUCUCAACUGGACAUGUCUGUUGCUGAACAUGUGUCAGUAUUUCAAGAAAAAGCACUGAAUACAAAACAAGUGAAAAACACUGCAGUGGAGGAGCGAAUUAAAAAGCUUGCCCGCUACAAAGAGAAGAAGGAGCUUGUGAAGGAGAAAGAGAAGAGGGCAAGGGAGAAGAAGGGGGUGUUCAAGGUUGGGCUGUACCGGCCCAUGGCCCUUCUGCCUCAGGCCCCAGCUGCCACAACCAAAGCCAGGGCAACAGCCACAGUGGUCCAGCCCCAAUCCACCAGAGUGACUCGCUCAACCAUGAGGCAGCAGGACCCCAAAGCACCACAGCAUAUUGACACUGUCCCUGCUUCAAGAAAAGUUGAACCAGCUGUGGUCAGGUCAACCAGGAGGACCAGGAUCGCUAUAGUUGAACCAGUAGUCAGAGCCCCAUCCACAAGGUCAGCUAAUAGGCCUCCGGUCUCUGUGGCCCCUGUGGCAAAGGACAAACCUGCUGCAGCUCCCAAGACCAGAUCAAAUGCCAAGCAGUCUGCAGCACCAUCUGUUGGCAGAGGGAGGAACACCAGGGGAAAUGCUGAGAGCAAUAAGCAAGCUGCUGUGAAAGUGGAAGAGCCAGUAGAGGAGCCCAGGGAUGCCAGCCCCCCACCCCCCAGUGCAGAGGAGGAGAAGAUGGUAGAAGACCCUGCCCCUGCUGAUCCAGCUCUAGAACCUGUCCCAGCCCAGGCUGACUCCCUCCACCCUCCAGCCCCCACCCCGUCCUCCUUCGCUCCCCAGGGCUUUGUGUUCCAGGCCCCAGCAGGCCUGUCCUCCUUCAAGCCCACCCCUCUCACCCCCCGCUCUGCAGACUCCUUCUUUAAACCCAGUGUCCCUGCCUUUGUACUACCCCCUGUGCCACUCUGGGCUUCUGAUGACUUGGUGCCCAAAAUGGAGCUCAGUGCUCCCUCUCCUGCUAAGUCCCCUGUUCACUCCCCGCCUUGCCCUUCUCCUACUCUGGCCCCUCCGUGUUCUCCGAGUCCCCAGGAACCAGAGCAUGAUGUGCCAUACUUCAGGUCGGUGGUGGUCAGUGAGACCGAGAGACUGACAGACUUUUGUCAGCAGUGGGAGCCCAGGGUGGAUGAUGCCUCUAUCCCUGAAGAGAUGUGUGACCGUAUGCGUACGGCUGUGGGGCAAGCCAAGCUGCUGAUGAAGGAGAGGUUUGGUCAGUUCUCUGGCCUGGUGGAUGACUGUGAGCUUGGCAGAGGAGAGAAGAUCACCACCUGUACCGACCUGCAAGGCUUCUGGGACAUGGUCUACUACCAGGUAGAGGACGUGAACAAGAAGUUUGGUGCUCUGAAGGAAGCAGAGUCUAAGGGUUGGCAGGAGGAGCGCAAGCCCCCUCCACGACAGAGGAAGGUGGUCAAGAAGCCGCCCUCUGCUCUGGUGGCUAAGCCUGUCGGUGGUGCUGCCGCCAAGUCUCGUCUGGCUGCCAUCAAGGCUGCUAUAAAGGCCAAGCAGCAGGCUGCAGUGGCAGAGAAGGCAGUCCAGGCCGCAGGGCCAGGUAGUGCUGUGGACGACCCUGCUCCAGCUCCUCAGGACCCCCAGGCAGAGACCCAGGCCCCAGAGCCACCGGUGGUGGUGUUCCAGGGAGGCUUCUUCCAGGUGGAGAGUCCUGCCAAACUCACAGGCUCUGCGAGGAGAUCCACCCGUGUAGCUGCCAGGCCUCUUCAGGCAUCUCCCUGCUCUGUCACCAAGUUCUCCACCCCCGGCAGAACCCGCCACUCCAACACUGCUGUAGCUGCACACCCCUCCACUCUCCCUCUCCCCCACCUAACCCCUGCUCGCUCCACCCUCACCCCUGCCUGCUCCAGGCUCUCCCCUGCCCAUCUAUCUGAUGCCACCCCACUCCGUACCCCUGAUCGUGAACCUCAGUCCUGCACCCUGGCCCCUGCCCAAAGUAGCCCCACCAGAGUCUCUCUCUGCUUCUCACCAGUCAAAGAAGCUUUGACGGACACCCAGUCAGAGGAAGGCCCCAGCAACCAACCAGAGCUAGUCUCCGUGCAGAAUGAAGUCACUCCUGACCAACCAGAUCCCGAGAGCAUGCAGGAAGAUGUAGCUUGUGACCAAUUGGAGGUUGUUACUGAGCCCACUGUUCGCCAUGAGGAGCACUCUGAGAGCUGUGAGUCUGAAAAAAUGUGCCAAUCGCCAUCCAACACACAACAGUUGACCAAUGACGAACAGCCCCAAGAAGCCUUCAGCCAAUCGGUGUUGGCCACAGAGGAGCCCAACCAAUCGGAGCUCUUGGUCAUGCCUGAAGUGAGCAGCCCUGUGGCUACCCACUCAAUCCCAUCCUCUCCCUCACUCCAAGACAGAGAAGAAGAUUUAGAGGCCUACGAUACCAGCCUACCCAUCUCACCAAGGCUUCCCCUCUGUCCCUCACUGCCCCACACCCCCACCCAUGGAGCAGAGUCCUCCCCAGUCAGAAGCCCUGCUUUCAGCUUCACCCUCUCCUCCAACCCAUCCAGGCCAAAACCUACCAAGGCCAGCCUAUCUCCCCUCUCCUCCCCCUGCCUGGUGCCCUCCUCUCCUGCUGUCCAGGUCUCCCUCAGCUUCCCAGCUGAUGCCGACGUGACAGUGACUCCAGAUACUUGUGUCACUGAGGGUCUUCUGGGGUUGGAGUUUGAGCGCUACCUCCAACCUGUAGCAAGCUGCAGCCUGUCGCAACAGGAGCCGGCUGUUGCCGAGGAGAUGCUGUCGCCCAUGGCGAUAGACGUAGAAAUGGAGAGUCCGGUGGCUGCGUCUGGAGAGCCCAUUCGGGAGGAAGUGUUGACUCCCACAGCGUUUCCCAGUUUGGCACAAAUGUUCACCCCACGGACCACAAAGCCAGUUGAGUCGGACCUGUUGCUGUUCACCCCUGAUCAGAUGGAUAGAGUGAGACAGUCAAUGUGCUCCAGUGACCUCAUGUCAUUCACACCUCCAUCUAAUAGAUAGAACGAGCAACUGAUGAGACCGAUUUGCAUAACUGCCAUUUUCCCCCCUCUAUUUUGCUCAAGAGACUAAUUUUUAAAGUCUCUAAAAUAAAAUAAUUUGUUUAUGCAUUGUUACUUUUACUUUUUUUCUCAACUCCAAAUUGUCAGAAAAGUGUUUUUAUGUAACUUCAACAGAUUUUUUUUGAAUUUUCCUUAAACUGUGCUAUGUCUACUACUUUUUAAAAAAAUACCAAAAAGGCACCAGGUAGUGUUUCCUAACUAUUAAGCACAUAUAUGGUGCCAGGUGUGUAUAAAAAAAAAUAAAAAACGUAAUCAAGAGCUGUAUUUUGAUAUACCCUAAAUUCUUCUAUAUUGAAUAUGCGUGCUGAAAAACCUUUUUGUUUGUGUAAAUAAAAUGUUGGUUCUUCUAA